GCGCCACCUAAAAAGUAAAAACGUUUUAGAAGUAGGAAGAAGCAGCAAAAAGCCAGAGAUAGACGUUAACCGUUGACGCCAAAUUUAGUAAGAAUCGGAACUCCGACAUCUGGAAUCAAUCUUGGCGGACAAACCUCUGUCUGCUUACGCAAACCCUAAAAAGCCAAAACCUUCAACCCACCCACACUAAGCCCACCACCAACUCUCUCUCUCUCUCACACUGUACGGUGAUGCAUCAUGCAUGUCGCCCUCAAUUGCGACUUUUGCACGACUUACGUUUCUCGAUUUCUCUCUCUUACUCUCAAUCUUUCCGUGUAUAUAUAAAUUAGGGUUUCUUGUCUCAAAAUGAAUCAACCACAAGUCUCGGUAUCAGACGUUACUACGAAGGGCUCGGAGGAGGAGCCCGUGGCUCAGCCAAUCGAGGAGGAACCUGCUAAGGCUGCGGAGAAGGCGGAGCAGGACGUUGGUGAAGAGGAGGUUCAGGAGGAACCCGCGGAUUCCAUGGAGGAGGAUUCGGUCGGUCCUGCCACUGUGUUCUGCAUCCGGCUUCAUCAGCCUAGGUUCAAUUUGCAGCAUAAGAUGAGCGUUCCUGAGCUUUGUAGAAAUUUCAGUGCUGUUGCUUGGUGUGGAAAGCUAAAUACCAUAGCUUGUGCGUCAGAAACUUGUGCAAGAAUUCCAAGUUCUAAUACCAAUCCACCAUUUUGGAUCCCUAUACAUAUUGUGAACCCAGAGCGCCCAACUGAGUGUGCGGUUUUUAAUGUCAUAGGAGACUCACCCCGUGAUUCUGUUCAGUUUAUUGAAUGGUCGCCUACUUCUUGCCCAUGUGCCUUACUGAUAGCUAAUUUCCAUGGGAGGAUCACCAUCUGGACACAACCUUCUGAAGGCCCAACUAAUCUAGUCCAAGAUGCUAGUUGUUGGCAGUGCGAGCAUGAGUGGAGGCAGGAUAUUGCAGUUGUUACAAAGUGGCUAUCUGGGGUGUCUCCGUAUAGGUGGCUUUCCUCAAAAUCCAGUGCUGCAAGCUCAAAGUCUACUUUUGAGGAAAAAUUCCUUUCACAGCAUUCACAGACUUCAGCUAGGUGGCCCAAUGUCCUGUGUGUUUGUUCCGUUUUCUCAUCUGGCUCUGUUCAACUUCAUUGGUCCCAGUGGCCUCCUAGUCGGAGUGAUCGAACACCAAAGUGGUUUUCCACUAGCAAAGGACUCUUGGGUGCUGGCCCUAGCGGAAUCAUGGCAGCUGAUGCAAUCAUAACUGAUAGUGGAUCCAUGCACGUGGCUGGUGUCCCAAUAGUAAAUCCUUCUACUGUUGUUGUUUGGGAAGUAACUCCUGGUUCUGGAAGUGGACUUCAAUCUAGUCCGAAGAAAAGCUUGAGCGAUGGGGUUCCAGCCUCAAUUAAUUCAUCUAGUUGGGAAGGUUUUUCUCCUUUGGCUGCAUACUUACUGAGCUGGCAAGAAUAUGUAAUCUCUGUCGAAAAGCAAGGGAGAAAGCAGUCAGAACAAGAUUCAAGUGACAGUGCAUUUCUUCAUUGUUCACCAGUUUCAAACUUUUCUGCAUAUGUGAGUCCUGAGGCUGCUGCUCAGUCUGCAGCAACCACUACUUGGGGUUCUGCAGUUUCUGCUGUUGCCUUUGAUCCGACUUGUGGUGGCUCUAUAAUAGCUGUUGUGAUAGUCGAGGGACAGUACAUGUCCCCUUAUGAUCCAGAUGAGGGUCCUUCAAUCACUGGGUGGAGGGUGCAACGUUGGGAAUCUUCCCUUCAGCCUGUCAUUCUCCAUCAGAUAUUUGGCAACCCCACUUCCAGUUUUGGUGGACAGGCGCCCAUGCAAACUGUUUGGGUGUCCAAGGUGGAUACAAGCAUACAACCAACUGAUGAUUUUAAAGCUCAGUUAGGAGCUACUCCAUCUCCAAUUGUGGAUGCACGGAAGUCAUCCAAUUCUACCGUUGACGAAGGAAAAAGAGUAGUUUGGGAUCCUUUAGACAUGCCAAGUGAUGUUAAAACACUGGCUCAAAUUGUUUAUUCUGCCCAUGGUGGUGAGAUUGCUUUUGCUUUCAUGCGAGGUGGAGUCCACAUUUUUUCUGGUCCUAACUUCACUCCCGUUGACCACUACCAAAUCGAUGUUGGAUCUGCAAUAGCUGCUCCUGCCUUCUCUUCUACAAGCUGCUGUUCGGCUUCUGUUUGGCAUGAUACUCUCAAUGAUUGUACAAUAUUGAAGAUCAUUCGUGUUCUUCCUCCGACUGCUCCAAGUAGUCAACUGAAGGCUAAUUCAUCAACCUGGGAACGUAUGAUUGCGGAGAGGUUUUGGUGGAGUCUUUUGGUUGGUGUUGACUGGUGGGAUGCUGUCGGCUGUACACAAAGUGCUGCUGAGGAUGGCAUCGUGUCACUGAACAGUGUUAUUGCAGUCCUGGAUGCGGAUUUUCAUUCUCUGCCUUCAACACAGCACAGGCAACAAUAUGGUCCUAGUUUGGACAGGAUAAAAUGCAGACUACUGGAAGGCGCAACUGCUCAGGAGGUUAGGGCAAUGGUUCUAGAUAUGCAAGCAAGGCUUUUGCUGGAUAUGUUGGGGAAAGGUAUUGAAUCGGCCUUGGUAAAUCCCUCAUCUUUGGUAACCGAGCCAUGGCAGGCAUCUGGUGAGACAUUGGCCAGCAUUGAUCCUGACGCGAUGGCUGUUGAACCAAGCCUUGUUCCAAGCAUUCAGGCUUAUGUUGAUGCUGUGUUUGAUCUAGCUUCCCAUUUCAUAACACGCUUGCGGCGUUAUGCUAGUUUCUGUCGCACACUGGCUAGUCAUGCUGUCACUGCAGGCACAGGAAGCAAUCGCAACAUGGUGACUAGUCCCACCCAGAGUUCGGGCUCUCCUGCUACAAGUCAGGGGGGCCAAAGUGGCACCGCAAGUUCGACGGGAAGUACCCAGAUGCAAGCUUGGGUCCAAGGUGCUAUUGCUAAGAUUAGUAGCACUACUGAUGGAGUAUCUAAUUCAACCCCAAUUCCCAUUAGUGGGCCGUCUUCUUUUAUGCCUAUAAGCAUUAAUACGGGGACAUUUCCUGGAACACCGGCAGUUAGGCUCAUUGGGGACUGCCAUUUCCUUCAUAGAUUAUGCCAGCUUUUACUUUUUUGCUUUUUCUUCCGGCGAACACAGGUACCGCGCUUUGUUGGUGGUGCCCAGAGAAAUACUGAUCCAAAUAUGCAGAAACCUCAGCCUGGUGCUCCUGGGAAAAUCGAGGAGGUCAAUUCUGUUACUUCAAAACCAACAUCAGCAAUGGCCAGAUCAGAUGACAACCAGGCAGCUCGAGGUGGUCAGCUUAUGCCAGGAGCAAAAGUAGCUGAAGAUGGUCCUGCAGGCCGGUCAAGAUUGGGUGCUGGCAAUGCUGGUCAAGGAUACACUUUUGAGGAGGUGAAAGUCCUUUUCCUUAUACUUAUGGAUCUUUGUCGACGAACAGCUGCUUUGGCCCAUCCUUUACCAGUUUCUCAGGUGGGAAGUGGCAACAUCCAGGUGCGGCUGCACUAUAUUGAUGGGAACUAUACUGUACUGCCAGAGAUUGUAGAUGCAUCUCUUGGGCCACAUAUGCAGAAUAUGCCUCGUCCUAGAGGUGCAGAUGCUGCUGGCCUCUUACUGCGUGAGUUAGAACUCCACCCUCCUUCUGAAGAGUGGCACAGGCGGAAUAUGUUUGGUGGACCUUGGUCUGAUCCAGAGGACAUAAGGCCUCCGGAAGAUAAUGUGAAACUGAGCAACUCAGCAGAUUUACUUGCUUUAACUUCAUCGGGGAAUUGUGAUGUUUAUUAUGGAGCUCAUGCCCUAUGGCCAAGGAAGCGCAGGAUGUCUGAAAGAGAUGCAGCUUUUGGUUUGGGCACUUCCGUGGGCCUGGGACCAUAUCUUGGUAUAAUGGGAUCACGUAGAGAUGUCGUUACUGCUGUUUGGAAGACUGGUCUUGAAGGGGUCUGGUACAAGUGCAUAAGGUGUUUACGGCAAACUUCAGCUUUUGCUUCUCCAGGUGCUACCAAUCCUUCUAAUCAUAAUGAACAAGAGUCUUGGUGGAUCAGCCGUUGGGUCCGUGGCUGUCCAAUGUGUGGUGGAACAUGGGUUCGAGUUGUAUAAUAGCGGGUUUCGCUUUACUGUUAAUUAAUUAGGCUGUAAAGAAAUUUCUUGAGGCUCAGUGGCUAUAUGGCUGGUUCUAUAAUCUAUACUAAUAUAUUCUAGGGAACUCCAUCGGGGAGUAUUUUUCGGUCAGUACUUGCCCAUUGGAUAUAGUUGGUAAGCACCAACAGCAGGAGAUUUUUUUGGUGACAAACUGCAGAAACAAUUAGUAGCUUAGAAGCAAAAUAACUGUUUCGUUUUCUUGGUUUACAAUGCAUGACUACAUGUAUGCAUAUGGUACAAACACAUAUGACUUUGGAGAAAAGGGGCGGGGAAGGAAUAAACUUUAGAGCCCAGGUUUAAGUUAUGUCUGUAUCUUUUGUAUCUUUUCUUCAUUUAUUUCUUCCUUGGGAAAUAUGUAUUAUGUACUCUCUACGGUCUACAUUAUUGACAGCUGGUGAGGACUCUACGAAGGAUACUGAUCACAUGAUUAAUCAGAACAGCGACAUUUUUAUGGCCUGAAUGUACUGUGCCAUUGUACAUUACUUGGUGGUUCUGUUUA